AUGCGCACUUGGCUGGCAGAGCACCUGGGGCAGGUUGCUGCGGGGAAGAUCACCCUGUUGGUCGUCUUGGCGGUGGAUGGCCGCGCCAGCGGGCGAGCGGUGCUCGGCUUUGAGAGCUGGGAGGCCGCCAAGGCGGCGCUUCUCCUCUUUGCAGGUGGCAAGUUGAUGAAAGUCCCCGCCCUCGAGGGACGACGCUAUUCAGAGCGGCUGGUGCUGGUGCGGCCCGUGCGGCCCGACGAGGCCCUGCGGCGCGCCGAGAGCCUGGCGGAGCCGGGGGAGCUGCCGGCGCUGGCGCCAUUUCCCACGGCUCUGAAUCAGCUUUUCGGAGGGCCCAAGUAUUGCUUCGCCUUUCAGAAGGGACAGUGCCAGCGUGGCGAGAGCUGCCGCUACCUUCACGAGAAAGCCCCAGCCGGCGCCAUCAAGCCGAAGCCGUGCUUCGACUUCCGCCUGGGGAACUGCGCACGUGGCACCAGGUGCCCCUACGCGCAUGAUGCCCCUCGGGCGCGAAGCGGCUGA